AUGGGCCUCAAACCGUGCGGGUCUGUUAAACAGUCCAAAUCUUUAUCUGUGCCCCCAAGUGUUGGCCUAAAUAAUUUCUAUGUACUUGAUGAUGAGACAGACCCGAUCGAAUAUGAGGUCGAGAAGGUGCUGGAUAAGCGCGAUGAUUCCAAACCAAAUGUGGACUCUUUUAAAAUAUACUCCUCCCCUAAUGAUCCCCUCCGUAAAGAAACCCUUUAUAAGAUGUCAAAAUUUGAAAAGCUUGUAAACGCAGCUGAUCGAGGGCCUUUCAUAAGAAUUGUAAAUAACGUUGACAAUCAGGGAAUCCAGCCAUACUUUACAUAUAUCAAUGAAUGCUUUUUCGGGCCUGGAGUGCCUUGUCCCGACCCUUCCUUCUUAACAGGAUGCGACUGUGUCAAUGGGUGUCACAAUAACCCGGAUUGUUUAUGUCUUCAUCUUAAUAACCAUUCUUUCCCUUAUGAUGAAAAUGGUAUAUUGAACCCCAACCAUGGUGGAAUAUACGAGUGCAAUUUAUUUUGUAAAUGUGGAUCCGAUUGUUUGAAUCGGGUUGUUCAAAAUGGCCGGAAAGUAUCAUUGGACAUUGUUAGAUUUUCUGAUGGCAGGGGGUGGGGAGUUGUUUCUGCACAAGAUAUUAAGAAAGGGACAUAUAUCUCAACAUAUACCGGGGAAAUAAUCACAAAUGAAGAAGCCGAACAGCGAGCCAAAAUAUAUGAUGCCAAUGACAGGGCCUAUUUAUUUGAUUUAGAUUUUUUUCUCUGUCAAGGGGCUGAAUCUGAAUAUACCAUCGAUGCCAGGCAAUAUGGCAAUAUUUCGCAUUUUUUUAACCAUUCGUGCGAUCCCAAUAUAAGGGUAUAUGCAUGCCUCAUCAACCACCACGAUGAGCGGCUACAUCAUAAUACGUUUUUUGCAUGUAAAGAUAUUAAAAGGGGACAGGAACUAUGCUUCGAUUAUACUGGUCUUUCUAGGGAUGCAUCUUCUAACGUUGUCAUAAAAAGACCAAAAGAAUUCAGUCUGCCAUGCCUGUGCGGUUCAUCUCAAUGCCGCAAAUUUGUUUAUCGUUAA